UGCGGAUGUUUGGGGUUUUGUUUCAGACUUUGUAUAGAAUUGUUCGGAUUUCGUUUCUCGUUUCUGCUUUUGGGUUCUUUUUGUUUGGAUAAAGUCGAGGUUGGAUUUUCUUUUAACUACCCUUCGUUGAUUUUGGGGGUUCUUUCUGUGGGACGGCUUCUGUUGUUUCGUGCACAGAAAGUGCUUGUCGCAACGCUUUGUGCAAUCCAGAAAAUGGAUUUGGGAAUUUUGGGUUUCGGAUCCCUCUGUUUUGGAUCAUUUUUUCCUGAUGAGAGAAUUUUGAGUCUGGGAUUUCAAAUCCCUGGAUCUACAAAUUCAAAUAUGGGUAUCUGGGGCGACCUUUAAUUUAUCCUUCAUAUCCUUAUAUCCUUCUCCGAGAUGCAUUGGUGUUUUAAACUUUAAUUAUGUCAAGAUGGGCUGCCUUGGCAGGGAAAUGGAUGGACCAACUGGGCGGGGUGGUGGUGGUGUGGAUAUGUUCUUACCAAACUAUAAGCUGGGGAAAACCCUUGGCAUUGGUUCAUUUGGUAAGGUUAAAAUUGCAGAACAUGCAUUAACUGGACACAAAGUUGCUAUCAAGAUCCUUAACCGUCGGAAGAUAAAGAACAUGGAAAUGGAAGAAAAAGUGAGAAGAGAAAUCAAAAUAUUGAGAUUGUUCAUGCACCCUCACAUCAUUCGACUUUAUGAGGUUAUAGAGACACCCAGUGAUAUUUUUGUCGUGAUGGAGUAUGUGAAGUCUGGAGAGCUUUUUGAUUACAUUGUAGAGAAGGGCAGGCUACAGGAGGAAGAAGCUCGUAACUUUUUUCAACAGAUAAUUUCUGGUGUGGAGUACUGCCACAGGAAUAUGGUAGUUCACAGAGAUCUUAAACCUGAGAACUUGCUUUUGGAUUCCAAAUGCAAUGUGAAGAUUGCUGAUUUUGGUUUAAGUAAUAUCAUGAGAGAUGGUCAUUUUUUGAAGACAAGUUGUGGAAGCCCAAAUUAUGCUGCCCCAGAGGUUAUAUCUGGAAGAUUGUAUGCAGGACCUGAGGUGGAUGUAUGGAGCUGCGGUGUUAUUUUGUAUGCUCUUCUUUGUGGUACUCUUCCAUUUGAUGAUGAAAACAUUCCCAACCUUUUCAAGAAAAUAAAGGGUGGGAUAUAUACUCUUCCUAGUCAUUUAUCAACUGGUGCUAGAGAUCUGAUCCCAAGGAUGCUCAUAGUUGACCCUAUGAAGCGAAUGACAAUUCCUGAGAUUCGUCAGCACCCAUGGUUCCAAGCUCAUCUUCCUCGCUAUUUGGCUGUACCCCCACCUGACACAAUUCAACAAGCAAAAAAGAUUGAUGAGGAGAUUCUUCAGGAAGUGGUUAAGAUGGGAUUUGACAGGAAUCUACUUGUUGAAUCUCUUCGCAACAGAGUACAAAAUGAUGCUACCGUUGCAUACUAUUUGCUAUUGGACAACCGUUUCCGUGUUUCCAGUGGCUAUCUUGGAGCUGAGUUUCAGGAAUCUUUGGAAUAUCAAUUCAAUCGUAGUGAAGCUGGAGCUGUUGGGCAGCGGUUUCCAGGAUAUGUGGAUUAUCAAGGAAUGGGUUUAAGAACCCAGUUCCCAGCUGAGAGGAAAUGGGCUCUUGGGCUUCAGUCUCGAGCCCAGCCUAGACAGAUAAUGACUGAAGUUCUCAAAGCUCUACAAGAACUGAAUGUGUGUUGGAAAAAGAUUGGGCAUUACAACAUGAAAUGCAGGUGGAUUCCAGGCAUUCCUGGGCAUCAUGAAGGCAUGGUUAACAAUCCUGUGCACAGUAAUCAUUUCUUUGGGGAUGAACCAGCAAUUGUUGAGAAUGAUGGUGUUUCCAGGAAUGUGGUCAAGUUUGAAGUGCAGCUUUACAAAACUCGAGAGGAGAAGUAUCUGCUUGAUCUGCAGAGAGUUCAGGGCCCACAAUUCCUCUUCUUGGAUCUUUGUGCAGCUUUCCUUGCUCAGCUCCGGGUCCUCUAAAACGAGAAGUCUCACAAGAAGACCACACGUUUGUCUGUGAUCUAUUAUGAAGCUUGUGAAUAAAAAUUUCUGUAUAUUGGUUGUUAAAACCUUUUCUUUUUCUCCUUUUUUUUCCUUUGUUUAUCAUAGGUAAUUAUCUUUCACAGCCAGUCUUGGUCAAUAGCCCUGGCUUGUUGCUAAUAUGGAGGAUUCAGUCUAAUCUUUCUCCUAACUUUGAUUUCCUCAAUGUAAUGAGCCAGAAGUUUUCCCUUUUUAUGCUAAUGAUUAUUAAAGAACUAACCUCUUCUUGUU